CCCAUUCACAGCAUUGUCGCAUGCAUUCCUGUCUUGCACUGCUCAUAUUGAUACCCUGAACAUACUCUCCACCAUGGACUUCCCUCUAAUAAGAAGUAAUCGCGGCACAAUCGACGCUUCAAAUUUCAUCGCCGGCAUCCUGGGAGACCGAAGACCGCACACGACCGAGAAGAGCAUACCAGGAGGUGGGAAUUGGGUGGUGCAAAAGUUUGGCGGCACGAGUGUGGGCAAAUUUCCGGUCAAGAUCGCAGAGGAUAUCGUACAGGCAGGCCUUGAACCGGGCAAGCGCAUAGCAGUCGUCUGCUCUGCUCGCACCUCCACCUCGAAGAACGAAGGCACCACGUCCCGACUCGUCCGCGCCAGCCUCGAUGUCCUCGAUCCGGAGUCUGGGAAAUACAGGGAGAUUGUGGAGACGAUUCGUCAGGAUCAUGUAAAAGCUGGACAAGACGCGUGCGGUGUAUGGGGAGGAGCGACGACCAAGGUGCUGGAGCAGUAUACACUGGCGGUCAAUGCGGAGUGCAAGAAGCUCAUGAAGAUUUUGGAGGCUGCGCAGUACCUUCGGGCUGUGACUCGUCAGACGGAGGAUAUGGUCAUCUCUGUGGGCGAGAAGCUGAGCUGCUUGUACAUGACUGCUCUACUACAAAGCCGUAACGUGCAGGCCGCAUACGUGGAUCUGAGCGACAUCAUCCAAUUCGACGUUGGCAAGUCGUUGGACGAGCAAUUCUACCUCAAGAUCGGAGUGGCCAUUGCAGACCGCAUCCAGGCCUUAGGACCAGAAGUCGUCCCAGUCAUAACAGGCUACUUUGGCGCCGUCCCGGGCGGUCUCCUCAAAGAAAUCGGCCGCGGCUACACCGACCUCUGCGCAGCCCUCACAGCCGUCGGUCUCGGCGCCCAAGAACUCCAAAUCUGGAAAGAAGUCGACGGUAUCUUCACCGCAGACCCACGCAAAUGCCCGACCGCCCGCCUCCUCGACUCCGUCACCCCCAGCGAAGCCGCCGAACUCACCUUCUACGGCUCCGAAGUCAUCCACCCCUUCACCAUGGACCAAGUCAUCAAAGCGCACAUCCCCAUCCGCAUCAAAAACGUCAUGAACCCUCGGAACAAAGGCACCGUCGUCUUUCCAGACCCCUCGGACUCCCACUCCCUGCGCCGCCCCGGUUCCUCCUUCCGCAGCCGCUCCUCCCUCAACCUCACCGGCUUCGACCUCUUCAACAAACCCAAGCGCCCCACCGCCGUUACCACCAAACGCGGCAUCACCGUGCUAAACGUCCAUUCUAAGCGCCGCACCCGCUCCCACGGCUUCUUGAUGUCCAUCUUCCAAAUCCUCGACCGCCACCACCUCUCCGUCGACCUCAUCUCCUCCUCCGAAGUCCACGUCAGCAUGGCUCUACAUUCAGAAAUCAGCAUGCUGUCCGGCAACGGCGAGGAAGAACUCAAAAUCGAAUCCGCUGCGCUGAGGGGCGCGGUGGACGACUUGAGCGUGUGGGGCGAUGUGGAUCUCGUCCCCGGGAUGGCGAUCAUCAGUUUGGUCGGUAGGCAGUUGCGGACCAUGGUGGGUGUGAGUGGGAGGUUUUUCAGCACCUUGGGGGAGCACGGGAUUAAUAUUGAGAUGAUCAGUCAGGGAGCGAGUGAGAUCAAUAUUAGCUGUGUGAUUGAAGAGAAGAAUGCGGAUCGGGCGUUGAAUGUGGUGCAUACGAAUUUGUUUACGUUUUUGGAUUGA